AUGUCCGACUGGACGACGAGCGCUUUGCUGCAUUUGUACGCACGCAGCGGCCGAGCAGACGCAGCUCGAAUCCAGCUCCGACAUGGCGCCGACACGGAGAUCCGCGACGUACAGGGCCUCACAGCACUACUACUCGCAAAAGGUGCACGCACGGACGCGUCCGCGCCUCUGGGUACAAAUUUCGAGUAUGGACCCGAGCUGGGUACCUGCCUCCACUUCGCGACCGAGAGCGGCCACGUACAGAUUCUCAAGUUCUUAGUGACAGCAGCAGCACUAGAUGCGGACGAACGCACAAAUGGAGCACAGCAAAUGACACCGCUGCACUUGGCUGCACGAAUCGGUCGUGCAGAUAUUGUACGCUUCCUGAUUGGACGUCCAGAGGUAGACGUCAACGCUCUGGACACCCGUGGGAUGACAGCAGUGCACCACGCUGCGACUAUCCCAACGCCUUCAGCACUGACACGCCAGUAG